AUGGACAUGACCUCAAGAAACAUAGAUGUUGAUUCUCAAACACCACAACCCAGUAACAAUAUCACACCAACAACCUUAAAGUCCUCACCUUUCACCAACGGCACACACAAACGCCACCUUUCCACCACCACUCCAUCACCCAUGGUGCUUUCUUACAAAGAAUGUCUCAAAAACCAUGCUGCGUCUCUAGGUGGACAUGCACUUGAUGGCUGUGGAGAAUUCAUGCCUUCAUCAACCGUUAAUCCAAAUGACCCUAGAUCCCUCAAAUGUGCUGCUUGUGGCUGUCACCGGAACUUCCACCGCCGUGAACCACAAGAACAACACAUCAUCACCACCACCAUCACCAACACCACCGCCACCGCCACCGCCACAACCGACACCCCCACCAACGCCAACGCCACCUCCACCGCCACCGCCAACCCCACUUUUCCUAACUGCAUCUAUACUCCACCAUCAACAACCGUUCCACCACCACAACCACCACCGCCAUUACAACUCCCCCACCGUGGCCCGAUUAGUCAAAGCACAAGCCCAAGUCAAAGCACAAGCCCAACCUCAAGCCCGAGCCCAACAUCAAGCCCAUCCUCUCCACCACCACUCUCACAUUUACCACCUUAUCAUCACCACUCUUCAGCACCUCACAUGCUGCUAGCACUUGGAAAUGCUUACUCAACACCACCACACUCCGAUCAUGAUCAACAUCAACACCAAAAUCAACCCAAUCAAAGGAAUCUCAAUUUUUCUUCAUCAGUGAUAAAGCUCGAGAACCCGAACAACAACAACAACAACGGCAACAGCAACAACUCAAGCGGUGGAAGAAAGAGGUACAGGACAAAAUUCAGCAAGGAGCAGAAAGAGAAGAUGUAUGGAUUUUCUGAGAAACUGGGUUGGAGAAUGCAGAAGGGUGAUGAUGGAAUGGUACAGAAAUUCUGCAAUGACAUUGGUGUUCCAAGAGGGGUUUUCAAGGUUUGGAUGCACAAUAACAAGAAUUUGAGGAGGAAAUCAGAAUCUGAGGUUGGAGUUGCAACUCCAACAAAUGGAAAUAAUAAUAAUAAUAAUAAUAAUCAGAACAACAACAAUGUCAUUCAUAUGGAUGAAGAUGGAUGUGUCAAUGUUCAUGUUUCUUCUGUUAAUGUUUUAUCCUCUUAG